GUAACGCUAUCCAAUAUAUAAUGAACGAGGGUUGGCAUCCUCGUAAUGUCGAUUCAAACGUGAGCUGGUCCUUUGCAGAGUCACCCUCUCAUUUCCUCAAACGUUUUUAUCCCAGUUCUCGAAACAUGCACACUUUUGACAAAUAUGGAACAACUAAUUCUAUAGGUAGUGAUUUUUUGAACAAUGCAAAUAGUAGCAAUAAUAGUGUAAAAGAGUUAAAUUAUAACCUAUACAAUAUUGAAAUUAACAUUGACACUGAUAAUUUUGUGGCUGAAAGUGAGAUAGCAUUAAGUAUAAAUCGAGACUAUAUGCUCCAACUAGUUAAUGAUGCGCGUAGUAAUUCAGGUGCACCUCCACUUAAAAUGGAUAGUCGUCUCAAUGGUGUGGCUCAACAUCACAGUGAAUAUAUGAGAAGAGUUGAUACUUUAACACAUGAUGAUGAAGAUGGUGAUUUUCCGACCAGAGUUACUGAAACUGGUUAUGAUUGGAAUGCACUUGGGGAAAAUAUAGCUAGUGGAUUUCCGAAUGAGGAUGCGGAUUUUUAA